GAUGCUUUGAGUAAUUCGGGCAUUCUUGGAAUCAAACAGAGACAGAUGAUGCAUUGCAUAGCCAAUUCUGGGUCUGAACCCCCAAACUUUCGCUUUGCUUCUCAUGUGCCAGUCCCGGCGCCCUCAUAAAAACUUGUUAAAACCUAAGCAAUCCAUGAUAUCAGAAUCACUUUCGCAGACCCAUUUCCAACUCCGCUAAUUUAUGGAAACUCUCUCUUGAUCAUCGCGCUUCGAUUUACUUCUUAUAAACCCCAAAGCCUAACUCUCUUUUUUUAUUCUAUCUGAUCUUUGUUCCCCAGACCCAGACUCUCCAUCUUUUCUCCAAUCUCCCUCCCCCAAGCUUUUACACCGAAAAAAAGCUCUCCGCGGAAACAGUCGCUCCCGGCGCAACAACACCCCCAAACACCCAACACCACACACAUACACACAAGAUGCAGCAAAGAUUACGGUCGCUCAAGCGCCCUCUGCUCCUCGCAGCAGCAGCCACAACAACAGUAACCCUCGGAGGAGCAUACUACGCCUCCCGCAACAAGACACAUGUCGUCGACAAGCCCCUCGUUCCUCUCAAGCGCGAUGAGAAGAACCGCAUCGUCCCCCCUACAUUCAGCGCCACAAAGACCCGCGCAUCACAACUCGCCGAGCUGCGUCGCAGCGGCGAAGACACAGAAUACGAUCUUCUCAUCAUCGGAGGCGGUGCUACAGGAACUGGUAUCGCUGUUGACGCCAUCACCCGCGGCCUCAAAGUCGCUCUUGUGGAGCGCGAUGACUUCUCUUCUGGCACAAGCUCAAAGAGCACAAAGCUCGUUCACGGUGGUGUGCGAUAUCUAGAAAAGGCUGUUUGGAACCUUGACUAUGGUCAAUUGCAGCUUGUCAUGGAGGCUCUUCGUGAGCGCAAGACGUUUUUGAACAUUGCGCCUCACUUGUCCAGCUCAUUGCCAAUUCUACUACCCCUCCAAAAAUGGUGGGAGGCGCCCUACUUCUGGGCUGGUACCAAGGCCUACGAUCUCCUCGCUGGGUCGCAAGGUCUUGAGAGCUCAUACUAUAUGAGCAAGAACAAGGCUCUCGAGGCAUUCCCUCUCUUGCGACGGGAGAACAUGGUUGGCGCGCUGGUGUACUACGAUGGUCAGCACAACGACUCUCGAAUGAACGUCGCUCUCGCUCUGACUGCUUCUCACUACGGCGCUACUGUUCUCAACCACGUUGAGGUAACUGGUCUUGAGAAGGAUGCGAACGGCAAGAUCAUGGGCGCUCAAGUGCGCGAUGUCCUCGCUUCCAAGAACGGUGAUGCCGCUGGCGCUGAGCCUUUCAAGGUCCGCGCCAAGGGUGUCGUCAACGCAACCGGUCCCUUCACCGAUGCCAUUCACCAAAUGGAUGACCCCUCUCGCAAGCCCAUUGUCGCUCCCGCUUCAGGUGUGCACAUCAUGCUUCCCAAGGAGAUCUGCCCCAACGGUCUUGGCCUUCUCGACGCUGCCACCUCAGACGGUCGCGUCAUCUUCGUUCUCCCCUGGCAGGGAUACACUCUCGCUGGUACCACCGACAACCCAUGCGAAGUUGAGGCUGCGCCUGUUGCUCAACAGCAGGAUGUUGACUUUAUCCUCAAGGAAGUCAGCAAGCUUCUGACACCCGAGUCUGUUCUGUCGCGCAAGGAUGUUCUCGCUGCCUGGUCUGGCAUCCGACCUCUCGUCAAGAACCCCAACGCCAAGAACACCGAGUCCCUCGUCCGAAGCCAUCUCAUCACCACCUCCCCCUCCGGUCUCCUGACCUGCGCUGGUGGCAAGUGGACCACCUACCGUGAAAUGGCCGAGGACACCGUCAACGAGGCCAUCAAGCUCUUCGACCUCAAGCCCCAAGCCGUGGCUCUUCCCGACAUCAGCGGCGCCGGCGCUUCCGGCUUCACCACCCGCGGCGUUUGCUGCACGCGCAAUGUUCCUCUCAUCGGCGCCCACGGAUACUCCACAUCUCUCGCCUCUCAAUUGAUGGAGGUCUACAACAUCGACGCUGACAUUGCUGAUCAUCUCGCUCACAACUACGGUGAUCGCGCCUGGACUCUUCUCUCCAUCUCUCCCUCCCUCAACACCCGUCUUGUCUCCUCUCUUCCCUUCAUCGAGGCUGAGGUCUCUCACGGCAUUCGCUCCGAAGCCGCCUGCACCAUCCCCGAUAUCAUCGCCCGCCGCACCCGUCUCUCAUUCCUCGACUCCCACAAGGCUCUUGAGGCUCUUCCCCGCGUCCUCGACAUCGCCUCCACUGAACUCCAAUGGAGUGCUGCCCGCAAGGAGCAGGAGAAGGCUGAUGCUAUCAAGUUCCUCGCCUCUAUGGGUCUUGAGCAGCAGACCGAUGCGCCCGUGCAGGCCUCCCAGGAGGAGAAGAUGCCCGUACGCAGCAUUGAGCACUCACCCCGCCCCACCCGCGUCGGUGGUCUUGAUGUCGACCUGAACGGUCUCGGUGGUACCGGCUCUUACAGCAAGUCGCGCGACGACUAGAUGAGCAUUUCAUUUUUAGAGAUAGCAUGUAGCAUAUAGAGAUUCCCGGCAUUGGUUGUGUUACACUAAAAGCAUGGCGCAUAGAUGCAGGAUUGGGCUGGGAUUGGACAAGGCGUCACGGAUUUUCUUGAUAACUAUAUAUUUUAAUGAACUUUCAUGAUCAUCUUCAUCUUCAAGUUAAAUCCCUCUGGUGUUGUGGUCUAUUCAUCCACGUGUUAACCACGUCUACACUCGAGUUUAAUUCCUCCAUGCCCGCUGAUCAAUUGGAGAUUAUCCCCGCAAUUAAAUCCUGUUUAGAAAAUCCCCAUCGGAUCGUCGAUGAUUUCCUGCAUCUCCAUAAAAUGAGGCUCCAUUACAUCAGGACCCAUCUGGAGCCCCAGACUAAACAUGCUUCAUGACCUGGAGAUAAAUGACGUAGCAGUUCCGUAACCAUGGGUCAUGUACGUAACGUCCUGAAUCCUACGAGUGUGACUCCGAUACCGCAGCCAACUUCGUGAUGGGAUUAAAUAGCAGAAACUGGAAGAGGCAGUACAGGGUGUUGAAACGUCCUGACCAUCUUGGCCGCCUGAGCGGUGCCAUACGAGACAUCAAUGACACGGUUUGGAAUUGCGCUAAGAACAAGCUCGAAAGUGAGCUCCGGAGCACUUGAGACAUUGGUAUUCGUACUGCGCUGUCCCUGUUGGUCGUCACCAGUCUGUCAAGCACUAGUUAUGUACGGUUCGAACGUGUUUAGUGCAUCGUUGCUAUUAUUUAUCUGGAAUUGCACACCCAAGGCCUGAUCAUUGCUUCGGUUGUUGGCCUUGGAAGGUACUACGUCGAUCGUCUUGGGGUGUAGCUUAUGCUCC